UGUAAACAUCAACAUGUCCAACAAGAAAAUAGUGUUUGCCUCUCUACCAGGUGCCGACAAUGAGCCUACAGUCGACAACUUUCGGUGCGAGGCAUGUGACCCUGCACCCAGCCCAGGGGAUGGGGAGCUGACCAUACAGACACUAUACAUAUCUCUGGACCCUGCUAUUCGAUGCCGGAUGAACACUGACACAGGAGUGGAGUAUAUGUCCGCUUGGUCUGCUGGCGACCUAGUUCUUGGACUGGGUGGCGUAGGAAUGGUAACGGAAAGCAAUGUCGAUCAGUAUGCACCUGGUGACCUUGUGCAGCCGAUGGUGAAUUGGCCAUGGGUGGAAAAGUUUUCUGCAAGAGCAGACGACAAAUUGUUCACCUUGUAUAAGAUUGAAGAAUCAUUACGUGAGCAACCACAUCUCGUGCUGUCGUUGUUAGGGUUAACAGGUCUGACAGCAUUCCUAGGGAUCACACAGAGAGGUCACAUCUCACCGGGAGCCAAUCAGACGUGCGUUGUUAGUGGAGCAGCAGGCGCAACCGGAAACCUUGCAGGCCAAAUUGCCAAACUUGGUGGCUGCAAGCGUGUUGUUGGCAUCUGUGGCUCAGAUGAGAAGUGCGAACAUCUGAGAACGGAGCUUGGGUUUGACGCCACCGUCAACUACAAGCAGAGUGACAUAAGCGAGGCAUUACGUCAGACUUGCCCAAACGGGAUCGAUGUAUACUUUGACAACGUUGGAGGAACAAUCAGUGAAACAGUUAUAAAACAGAUGAAUCCGGACUCUCAUGUGAUACUAUGUGGUCAAAUAGCCGUGUACAACAAAGAUCUGCCUUACCCACCGCCCAUUUCAGAAGAGAUUCAGGCAGUCAUUAAGGAGAGAAAUAUUACAAGAGAGCGGUUUUUGGUGCUCACCUAUCAAGAAAAGUUCCAAGAAGGGCUAAAGCAGCUGCAGGAAUGGUAUAUGGGUGGACAACUUAAGGUUCCGGAGUUUGUUCAUGAGGGUAUAGAGAGUGCACCUGAAGCAUUUGUGAACAUGAUGACCAGUGUUAAACAGACUAGAGUUGGCAAACAGUUAGUUUGUGUGAACAAGUAGCUUGGCUUUCAUUUUGGCUCUACUCACUUUGUGGAUCAGUUUUGUUAGUCGAGUUUUGCCCAAGAUGGAAUGGGUUUGUGCCUGCUGUUUGACGUUUUUGUGGGAAAAGCUGGUAUUUAAGUGGACAUCUGUUCGAAAGUUACGGACAACGCAAAUUAUUUACAUUUUGUGGACAUAGCUGGCAUUUAAAUGGAAAUCUAUCUGAAAGUGAAAGGACAAUGCAAGUGCAGUGCACAGUUUGUGGACAUUCUAAGCUGGCAUUUAAAUGAAAAUCUGUUUGAAGUGGUAUGAAUUCUCCAACAGCUAGUCACAAAUAAGUAUAGUUGAGAAUAUGUUGUAUUUGUAUUAAAAAAAUAAA